AGCCCGGAACGCGGUGGGGAAAGGAGCGCGGCCGGUGGCGCGGGGCUUCCACCUCCAUUACCGGCAAAGGCUCGGGGGAGACGUGGAGAGAAGAGGAGCUCUCGUUGGCCUUUCUGAGUUCUUAGAGCUGGGAUUCACGGUGAUGGCUUGCAGGGUCCUAAACAAAAGAAGGCACAUGGGACUUCAACAGCUGGUGUCCUUGGCAGAAACAGGAAGAACGUUCCUAGGCCCAGUGAAAGCAUCCAAAUUUAUUAUAGAUCAAGAGUCUCAUGAAAGUGUGUUAGUCAGCUCGCUAGUAAGACUUCUUGAGAGUUUGGAUUUAACUAGUGCAGUGGGCCAGCUUCUCAACGAAGCAGUCCAAGCCCAGCAUAACACAUAUGGAACUGGAACCAAUACUCUCUUCUUUUUGGUUGGUGCUUGGAGCAGUGCUGCCGAAGAAUGUCUUCACCUGGGUGUCCCGAUUCCAAUCAUAGUGUCAGUGAUGUCAGAAGGCUUGAACUCUUGCAGUGAGGAGGUAGUUUCCCUCCAAGUGCCUGUCCAUAACCUGUUUGCCCACAUGGACAACACAAAUAGCUCUUCUGGACUUGAAACCUUCAGUGCCAGUUUGGGCCCUUUUCUACAGACCCCGUCAGAUCCUGGUUUGACUCAGGAAGAGCCCGAACUCAAAGAUGCCUCGCACCCAAGGACCAUAUACAGUCUCUCUGGGAAACCUCUGAAAUCACAUGACCUCUUCAAACGUCAGGCUAGAGCUGAAGCAGAGAAAAUCAAAUCUCUGGAAACUCUGAUAAACGGGCCACUUCCAGGCACCUGCUGCAGAAAGUCAGUACUAAUCCACAGUCGGCAUUUUAAUAGCAUAGAUAGAAAUCGAUUGGAAGACAAACCCAGUGGAUUUCUAGGACCACCCAGAGCAGCUGGUUCCAAAGCGCCCAGCUGUAACGGUUUGGUAGAGUUGGUAGCAGGCCUGAGUCACGGAGAUCCCGGCAGCAUGAAAUUGGUAGAAGCAGCAGUACGACUGCAGUAUCAAAAUGCAUGUGUGCAACGAGGGGACUGCACCGUGCCGUUUAUGUUUGACACCUCUAGAAUCUUCACUUGCUGCCUGCCAGGUUUACCCGAAACGUUCACUUGUGUCUGCCCAGGGUAUGUCACACUUGUACCCACAGCUCACACUGCUCUGAUCCAGGAAUUGCAGAACCAGUCCAUGCGAGUAGUUCUCAUUCAAGGUGACCUUACAGAGACGUAUCGCCACCCGGGGUUUAAUAAGUCUACAAAUAUUAAAACAGUAUUGGAAAGCACGAAGGUUAGCCAAGCCAGCACAGAAGAGCUGUGGGAAAAUCAUAUAUUACAAAUACUGACCCGGUUCAAUGUUCACCUGGUCCUGGCACAAGGGAAUGCAUCUGAACGCCUAACUGAAAAAUGCAUGUACAGUAAACGGUUGGUCAUUGGGUCCGUGAGUGGUCACGUGCUGCAGGCUUUCGCAGAGGCUACGGGAGCAGUGCGAGUGGCCUACGCCACACAAGUGAAUGAAGACUGUGUAGGCAUGGGCAUCUGUGUGACCUUCUGGAGACGAAUUCCCUUGGACGUGAUAGAUAAGAAAGACAGAAUAGCAAUCCUGUUUCACAGCGAAGGCAUUCAUUUGGUUACAGUGGUGCUCACUAGCCCCGUCAUUGCACAGAUGCAAGCCAAAGAAGACAGGUUCUGGGCAUGUGCCUGUCGUCUGAAUGCUGCUCUGAAAGAACAAAAGGUCCUCCUUGGAGGUGGUGCCGUUGAACUUUUGUGUCUUAGCCAUCUUCGAAUUAUUGAAGGAAACUCUCCAAAGAAAGUAAGCGAAGCCUGUUCAAGGUGGCUUCAUCAUCAUUCCUCGUGGCUGGCCUCGUCUCUAGCACAGUACAGAGCAACUGUGCUUGAAUGCAUGGCCACCGGAUGGCACAGAUACCUUUCAACUCUCCUCUGGAACACUGCCAGUUACUCAUCAGAACCUGAAGCCAACACUUUCAUUCAGCAACAUCUCCAAAACGCCGUAGACUCGGGCUCUCCCUCAUCUUACAUCUUGAAUGCCUAUAGGGACCUGAAUAGUGUUUUCAAUUCAGACAUUUCAAAUAAAUUGGAACAGAUUCCAAAAGUGUAUGAUGUCAUUACACCAAAGAUGGAGGCGUGGCGCCGAGCAUUGGAUUUGACACUGUUGGUACUCCAGACAGACAGUGAAAUUAUUACGGGACAUGGAGACACACAGAUACAUUCACAGGACUCGGAAGACUUUUUAUUUUUGUGA